CCAUUCCCGGCGCGAAGUGCGGCCGAUUCGCAACGCUAGCGGGUAUUGUAACCCGUUGGACUUGCAAGAAGGCGUUCCGCUUUGUCGAAGACAACUACUUGUAGUGCACAGGAAUGAUGGAAGCCACGAAACGCAACUUAUUGACUAUGAUCAUGCUGAUGCGUAUUUUUUCGACGGUCGUGAUGAAAAACUGCAGUAUUGGGUUGAAGACUAUUUCUACUCAAGACUGUCUCCGAACGCAUCACUUCUGAUUGAUGAAAACAGUGACGGAGCUCACAAGGGUGGAGUCGACGUUCUCAAGAUACUCAUUGUUGCUGUUAUUGUUGCAGCACCACAUUACAUGAUCUCGAAUUUUAACGUGGCUUGCGCUGCGUCCGUCCUGGUCAUGGUCUUGGCUAGUAAUACUCCUGGUGCGGUUAUAGGCAUCUUAUUGAUAGCAUCAAAGCGAGCACGUGCGGUGUCUCGACUUCUGUCUACAUCUAGUUCGUACUUAGCAGUAGCUUUGUCGUCUCUCAUGGUGUUCGGAAACAACACUGCAUGCUUGCUCUGUCUCACUGGUACUUGCUCGACAGGAGCUUGACAUUAAGCGAAAUGGACGAUUGUAUUCAUUUAAUGGAGUUUCACCACCCUAGUGAUAUGGAAAACACUAGUGAAAACACACUGCGAAUAUCACGGAGUAUUACGCCACUUCGCGUAAAACGGGUCGUGAAACUCCAAUAUACAGACGAAUGAAGUCCGAACUUGAAAGUCUAUACGGGACUAAGUUCAGAUUGAUAGUUCUGUAUUGUCGUUGUUGCUACGUAGUAGUGAUUCUAUACUGGUUUUGUAAGCACUAGUUAUGCAACA